AUGAACUACUCUAGGCAUCCGGAGCACAGAGGAACUUGCAUCCUCAUCUGUGAGGGACAGGUACGUGGAUCCCGUCGCGCACAAAUGGCUUGGCUCACCGGCAACUCUUUGCUCCUGAAUGGUCCUCGUUGGAUCGCUGCAAGAGAACUACCGUUCGGAAUAACCAUGGAAAACACAGACCAUUACGUCUUCUCUUAUCGUUACGGCCGCCGAGGGUUGAAGUUUGGGGCUGAGAAAGAGGCCAUGUGGAGCACUUCGAAGAAAAUGCGGGAUUUCGAGGCCACUAUGGUAAUUAUUGUUAUUCGUAUUAUGCAUUCGUUGGACACACAGUUAUCGCUCCUCUCAUUGUGUCCGACCGACAGGCUCGACCGUGAGGUGAAUCGAAGGCUAAUUCCUUACGCACACGCACACAGCCAGCCUCCUGCUAGCUGUGCCUGGGGCGAAGGAAGUACGGAAGACUAA